AUGUCCACCGAAGCCUCUCCAACGCCACGUGAGGCCGAGAAGCGGGUUUUGGACGAAGCAAGUGUGGAAGCCAAACGGCCCAAGCUUGAGUCUGAGACUUCUUUGGAGAACACCCUGGUCUCUCCUCCCCUGGAAAAUGGCGCUCAUCCCGAACCUGCCGAGCUGGAGUUUUCACAAGCUGAGCCCGCAAGCGAGCUUUCUCAACCUGCCCAGGAAGCUGAACCCGCUUCGGAACCAAAUGAACCUGCUGAGCCCACUUCAGAUGCUGUAGAUCCUACCGCUGAGCCCACCUCAGAGCCCAACGAGCCUGCCGCUGAGUCUGCUACUGAGCCUGCUACUGAGCCUACCUCCGAGCCUACCUCCGAGCCUGCCACCGAGCCUGCCACCGAGCCUGCCACCGAGCCUGCCACUGAGCCUGCACCCGCCGCUGAACCGACGACUGCGGACUCCGCCGCGGAGUCCAAAGAGCCUGCUGACGCUGCUUCAAACCAACAGACGCCCAUGGAAACGGACGGUUCUCAGCCGAAAACGGAUCCCGAUAGCGACGGCCUCACACCAUUGCAACGAGCCCAAAAAGCUGCCGACAAAGAAAAAGUUGUUGUUCCUGAAGGUCUGGACCCAGAAACACCCACCGCUCUCCCCCGACACCAGCUGCGCUACGCAACCAGCGCUAUCAAAGCCAUCAAGCGCCUCAAAGACGCCGCUCCUUUCCUGACCCCUGUGGACCCCGUCAAGCAAGGGGUCCCGCAAUACUUUGACUACAUCAAAAAUCCGAUGGAUCUGGGAACAAUCGAGAAAAAGCUCAUGCAAAGCGAAUACAAGUCCGUAAGGCAGCUUGCAGACGACUUUGACCUUGUGGUGUCGAACUGUAUCAUAUUUAACGGUGAGGACUCUUUCAUCUCCAAAAUGGCAAUCUCUAUCGCACACAGCUUCAACAAGCAUCUGUCUAAUAUGCCGCUUUAUGAUGAGCAAGAUCCCAAAAACAAGCGAGCCAGCCUGGCCUCCAACACUCGCCAGAGUACUGGUCCUGAGGUGGCGGCGGCGGCGGCUGCCACCCCAGCCCCUGCCGCUGCUGCCGCUCCUGCUGCCGCGCCUACUCAAAAGCAAAUGCAAGCUCCCGGUGUACCCAUGUUACGCCGUGAGAGUGCUGCCGACGGCCGCCCCAAGCGUGAAAUUCAUCCCCCCAAGCCUCGCGAUUUGCCCUAUGGCGAAGCUCGGCCCCGCAACAAGAAGUUUGCUGCUGAGCUCAAGUUUUGCAGCCAAGUCGUCCGGGAGCUAAUGAGCCGCAAGCACGAAGCCAUUGCCUAUCCCUUUUUGGCACCUGUCGAUCCAGUUGCUCAAGGCGUUCCAAACUAUUUUGAUAUUAUCAAAGAACCUAUGGAUCUUAGUACCAUUCAGCACAAACUCAACGAGGGCCAGUAUUACAAUGCCGACGAGUUUGAAGCAGAUGUCCGCCUCAUGUUCCGGAACUGCUACGCGUUCAACCCGGAGGGCACACCAGUGAACGAACUGGGCCACCGUCUCGAGGCAGUGUUCGACAAGAAAUGUAUUGAAAAGCCCCAGCCGGCACCGACGCCUCCCCCCAUGCUUUCCAGUGAUGAUAGCGACUAUGACGAGGAGUAUGAGGAGCUGGGGCUCUCUAAUCCAGCCAUCCAAAUCCUCGAAGAGCAACUGCACAUGAUCCGCCAGCAGGUCCGUCGGCUCAAGCGUGAGGCCGUCGCAGAAUGGCGCGACAAGCGCGGUAAAAAGAAAGGUGGAGCCCGUCAGUCUAGCACUGGCGCGGUAAGACGCCAAUCGCAGCCUUCCGGAUUUGGAGGCUCCAGCUCUACCUCGGGUGGCCACAGCCGUAAACAAUCGGUUGCCAAAGACUCCACCCCCCAAGAGAUUACUUAUGAUAUGAUGAAAGAACUGAGUGAAAAGAUUGGGCUUUUGCCGGAGAACAAGUUGGGACGGGUUGUUGCAAUUAUUCAGGAGUCGAUGCCUCAUCUUACAACCAACGGCCAGGAGGAAAUCGAUAUUGAGAUGAACAAGCUGGAGCAACAUACCCUACGCAAGUUGUAUGACUUUGUUAUCAGAAACCGAGGAGAUGACAAGCCACGACCUGCCCCCACUGCGCCGGCCGCCUCGCCGGGAUCGAUGCCCCAGAAAAAGAAAAAGUCCAAGCCUUUGACUGAGGACGAGCAGAACCGCCAAAUCGAAGAGAUCCAGAACAAGCUGCGCCAGUUUGACCAGUACGAGGGCGGCGGAACCCCUUCGGGAGCGCCGUCUCUGCCUGCAGACGAUAGCAGCAGCAGUUCAAGUGAAGACGACGUGAUGGCUGUUGACGAUAGCGACGACUCAUCGUCUGAGGAAGAGUGA